CAUCCCUUCCAUUCUUGUCUGCCCUUAGACACGCUUUCGUUAUCUCCCUUUCUUCUUCUUCUUCUUCUCUCCUUCAUACAGUCAUUCAUUCCUUUUUCUGCAUCUUUGAUUCCAGCCUCUCGUUAUCUACUAUAUUAAUCUCUCGAUUCUUUCUUUCAUCUCCCAUUCCAUCUGGCAAUCACUACAAUGAAGGGCUCUACCAUCGCUACCUCCCUCGUCUUGGGAGCUUCGUCAGUCCUGGCCACCCCCUCCAACAUCCAGGCCCGUGACGAUGUGACUCCCAUCACCACCAAGGGUAACGCUUUCUUCAAGGGCGACGACCGUUUCUACAUCCGUGGUGUCGACUACCAGCCCGGUGGUUCUGGUGACCUUGCGGACCCUAUCGCUGAUACCGACGGCUGCAAGCGUGACAUUGAAAAGUUCAAGUCUCUUGGCUUGAACACCAUUCGGGUCUACUCUGUCGACAACUCCAAGAACCACGAUGAGUGUAUGAACGCGUUGGCGGAUGCGGGCAUCUACCUCGUCCUUGAUGUCAACACUCCCAAGUACUCCCUCAACCGCAAGGACCCCAAGCUGUCCUACAACGACGUCUACCUGCAGUACAUCUUCGCCACCGUCGAGAUGUUCGCUCAGUACAAGAACACCCUCGCUUUCUUCUCCGGUAACGAGGUCAUCAACGAUGGUCCUUCCUCCAAGGCCGCUCCCUACGUCAAGGCUGUCACUCGUGACAUUCGCCAGUACCUUCGUGAGCGUGACCUUCGUACCGUGCCCGUUGGUUACUCUGCUGCCGAUAUCGACACCAACCGUCUGCAGAUGGCCCAGUACAUGAACUGCGGUACCGACGACGAGCGCAGCGACUUCUUCGCUUUCAACGACUACUCGUGGUGUGACCCCUCGUCGUUCACUACCUCUGGCUGGGACGAGAAGGUCAAGCUGUUCGACGGCUACGGUCUCCCUCUCUUCCUUUCCGAAUACGGCUGCAACACCAACACUCGUAAGUUCGAGGAAGUCGAAGCUCUCUACUCCACCAAGAUGACCGGUAUCUACUCUGGUGGUCUCGUCUACGAAUACUCUCAGGAGCCCAGCGACUACGGUUUGGUCAAGGUCAACGGCGACGACGUCAAGGAGCUCAAGGACUUUGACGCUCUGAAGACCGCCUUUGAGAAGACCUCCAACCCCAAGGGUGACGGUGGCUUCAACAAGACUGGUGGUUCCAACGCUUGCCCCAAGAAGGAGAAGCCCGCCUGGGACGUCUCCAACGAUGACCUUCCUGCCAUCCCUGAGCCCGCCAAGAAGUACUUCAAGGACGGUGCUGGCAAGGGUGACGGUUUCUCCGGCUCUGGCAGCCAGUCCAAGGGUACCUCCUCCACCGGCACUGCCGAGCCCGGCUCCGCCUCCGUCUCCGGCAGCGACUACAGCAGCAGCGGCAGCGGUGGCUCCUCUUCGUCCUCUCCCUCUGGCUCCGAGGGUGCUGCUGCCGGCCUCAAGGUUCCCAGCUUGACCAUGGCUCCUGUUGUUGUCGGUAUGGUGACCAUCAUGUCGACUUUGUUCGGUGCCAGCCUGAUCAUGGUUUAAUUUCUCUUCUUACCUUUUAAAUUGUUAUCUUCGAUUCUUUCGCUCUUCAUUUCGUUCGGUACUCAAUGGGAUAUACCUGAUUCCGUCCAGGCGUUGGAGAUAUCUAGACCUCGGACAAGGGACAAUGUACAGUUGCGGUUAGCGUAGACUUAAUUCAUGCUUUAUGAAUUA